CCUGGGAAAGUUCGCCUCAUUAUUCUGUGUUUAGUGCCAUUGAGGCCCGAAGCCGUCCGCUCAUUGUUAUUCUGGCCAAGCGAGGGAAGGAGCGAUAGCGAUGGAGAGAGAGAGAGAGAGAGAAGGCAUUGUCAGCGCCGGGCGGAGAGAAAGGCUGAGGGUGACACAGAAUGGACGAGCGGGCUUCCAGCGCCUGCACUGCACCAGCACACCAGAGUGCGCGGAAAUAGCGAAGAAAAGUUCUCCGGGAUUACUGAAAGAGCCAGAGAAAGUUAGAGAAAGGACUGGAAAUGUGGUCACUGGGAGGAGAGGCGUGGAGUGCUACAAAAAACGGCCCUUAGCUUAGCCGUCUGAGAGAAGAAAGAGGAGGAGUGGUUCGCAGGGGGGAAGGCAGAGAUUUAGUGCAGCGGCCGUUUAAGGCUCCCCUCCCCAUGGAGCGCGCGGGCCGAUGAGCGCACGGGGACAAAGCGGACCAGCGGCGCGCGCGCCUCUCUUCAGGGAUGAACCGCGAAAAGGGUGCCACUGUCUAUAAUAAUAGAGUCUAACAAGAUUAUUAGGUGUCAUAUUGCAUUCCAAGAAAAUCAACAAAAAUGUCUCGCUCCGAUGAGAUCAACAAGAUGACUGAAAAUGUCUACAAGAGUAUCCUUGACCAGUUUAACCCCAGUCUGAAGAACUUUGUCACAAUGGGGAAGCAAUAUGAGAAGGCCCUCACAGGCGUGACAGUAGCGGCCAAGGGGUACUUUGAUGCCCUCGUCAAACUGGGAGAGCUGGCCAGUGACAGCCAGGGGUCUAAAGAACUGGGUGAUACUUUAUUUCAAAUGGCAGAGGUCCACAGGCAGAUUCAAGUCCAGCUGGAAGAUGUGUUGAAAUUGUUCCAUUCAGAGCUGUUGUCCCAGUUGGAGCAGAAACUGGAGUUGGACAUUAAGUACUUGACAGCCACUUUGAAGAAGUACCAGAAUGAGCGCAAGUUGAAAACAGACUCCAUCGAACGCUGCCAGUCACAGCUGAAGAAACUGCGCAGGAAGAGCCAGGGCAGCCGCCACCCCAGCAAGUACGGAGACAGAGAGAUGCAGUUUGUGGAACUGAUGAGCCGGCGUCAGGGGGAGCUGGACACGCUAGUGGCAGUGGGCUACCGAUCAGCCCUGACAGAGGAGAGGAGACGGUACUGCUUCCUGGUUGACCGGCAGUGUGCUGUCACCAAGCUUCUCAUCAACUACCAUUGCAAGGUGAGGGAGCUGUUAUCUCAGAAGCUAUCCGCAUGGCAGCAGUCCUGCUCCCAGCCAACGCGCCUUCCAGACAGAGCUCUCAACCUGCUGCGGCACACUGCUCCCCAGAGCUCCGGGGCUGCUGGGAUAGCAGAGCUCCUCCGAAAUGCAAAGCUGAGUGCUCCACAGUCUGUAGAGCAGAGACUCUCAGUACAGGAGGUCCCACCCCUGCUGAAUGGUGAUAACAGCAUUCGAGCACAGCGGGUCCUCCCACCCUCGCAGAGUGAAACCUCCACCCACAACUCUGGCCCCCAGACGUUCCUCAGCCUUCCUGCAAAGUCCGAUCACACACUACAACAAUCACCACUCAACAGCAAUAGUAACAGUAACAGCACUCAUUCUGCAAGUUCUAGCAACUCCCCAAAUGCAACGCUUCAUUCUGCAACAAAUACAUUAAGUCUCUCCCAUAACACAUCUGCCUCAAGUGCCUUACCUCUCAGUCACUGUUCCCCAGCUUCCCAUAGCUCCCUACCCAUAUCUUAUAAUGCUCCAAGGAGCCCUCCUCUUCCUCACAGUGCUCCCCUCUCUAGAGCACUCACCCCUGUUCCCCACCAGGAGAUCACCAUUAGUUCUUCACCAUCCCACAAUCCCUUAUUGCUGAAAACAUCUGAACUCUAUGCCACCUCAACCUUGCCUCUCCCACGAAGACCAGUCAGUGAGGCACGGAUAGGAUUUUCCGGAGGUACUCUGCCUAGAGUCCUUCCUUUGUCUCCCCCUACUCAGGUAGAGGCCCUCUUUCCCCAUUCUCCUGGAGGGGGUGAUGGAAGUGGAAGUGCAGCUGUGGGGGCUGCCUGUCUUCUACAGUUCCUCCCUGGGGACAUUCUUACUCUGCUUAUCUCAGAGCCCAGAGACGGGUGGCACUAUGGGCAGAAUGAGAGGACGGGACGGAAAGGCUGGUUUCCUUUCUCUUACACUCAGCCCUACCUGAACUCCCCAGAGCACCCAGAUAAUAGAUCUGCCCUCCUGUCUAAGGUGAACAGCACCAGCACAGGGCAGUUAGACAAGUUGGCAUCCCCCAGGGUGCAGCAGCCCAGUCCAGAGCCCAAGAAGGAAUGUUCCGAUGCUGUCCAGCGAGUCAGCACAUUCCGGCCGCGCCCCUACAGCAUGGUCAACCCUGAAACACCCCAGAUCUCUAUGGAACCCGCUUCUACUCCACCGUCACCAACAAGAACCAAUCCGUUUGCCCACAUCCGACUCCGGAAGACAGUGACAAACGACCGAUCCGCCCCUCUCAUCGAAUAGGACAAAUAGUGUGCCUGUCUGAACUACUUAAUCCAGUGGUGGUUCUUGUUUUUUCACACUUAAUUCCACAGGUUGGGUAUUUGAAUUUGAAAUGGUACUAAAUGGUGAUGGGGAAUGGUCUAGGACUAAAACUUUGAGGAAAAAAUAUAUUGGAAAUUGUGUUUCUGUUGAAAAGCAGUAUUUUGCUCAUUUUACUGAUGUAAAAUUAUUUUACAGAAAUGAAUCUCAUCAAAGUACUGAUUCUGGAGUCCUGGCCAUAUGAUGUACUUUUGCGUAAACACCUCACAAAUUUAAUACUGAAAGUACAGCAGUAAUAACUCGAAAAGUUUUUUCCAUUGUUUCUAGAAUAUCCAGAUAAUAUAAACAUAACAAAGUUUACAAAAAAACUACAAAUUAAACCGAAAUCAGGUGUUCACUUCAAUGACAGUGGCAUUAUGUUGUCUUUAAAAUAUGUUGAUAAAUCCUAAAAUUUGUUUCUUGUGGGUCAUUUUAGCUAUUAGAGAAUUUUAUUAGUAUUUUUAUUUUAACUAGUUUGUUGUAGUAGAACCUGUGCAUUAACUUACUAUGAGAGUCUGUAGGAGAAGUAUGAGACUUAGGUGCUACUAAGGGACUGGUCCCCAUUCAUUAAAUGUGACUAGGUGUGUGAGAGGACAGCGAAUCACAAGGACAAAUUCCAGCGUAAGAUGUACUGUCACUACACUGAAAUUUGGUGGGUAUUCAGAAGUCAGUUUUAUGUUACAGGGGCAAACAACUGUUAGCUGUUAGUCAAAUAAGUUGUGGGGUUCCUUUUGAAUAUUUUUGGAAGGAAGUGAUGAUUUUCCUUUGGGUGUGGACAAAGGCUUCCGUUGUACAAAAUGAAAACAUAAAAUUUAGGGGUGAAAAAGAUCUUUAUGGAAAAAGAUAUUUAUGGUCCACUUUUUGUGAGUUUGAAAUGUCACAGGAUGAAGAAAUACUUUUUAGCACAAUAGUUACCAUGUAGAAUGAGACACUUGGGUACAGUGUUACUGCAGUGCUCCCAUUUGCUGGUAUUGAUUACCUUCUAGACCUUAAAGUAAAACUUAGGUGAGUAUUGCUUAUUUGGUCACAAUUUCAGUUUAGGUAGAAAAAACGUUUUGUAAAUGAGUGGUACAGUAAUUAGGAAAACUGUAGGGGUAACAAUUUAAUUAUUGAUAUUUGAUUUCUCUGUGAAAGUGUAAAUGUACAAUAUUUGCCUGUAUAAAAUGGCAAGUGAAUAAUAUACAAUGAGACUGAAAAAUAAUUCCCUUCUUUAUUCAUUGACUACUUCAAUAAUUAUUAGUGAGCUUCAAAUUCAAGAGACUAAUACUGACACUGCUUCUUUAAUUUUAAAACAGUUUCCUGAAACAAGUGCUUUAGGAGACAUUUUUUAGGGAAAUUAACAUGUGAUAGAAGCAAGAAACUUGAAAGAAGCAAUUAACAAAGAAUGAUUAAUUACUUGUAUUAAUACUGCUAUUAAUUACUCCAUACAAAGGCGCAGAACCUGAAAUGUCAUGUUUGUAUUUUUCCCAUGUUUGGACACCAGAGAACUGAGAGGAAAAUUUGGAGGAUUUGGACAGUGUGGAUUUUUAUUGCUUUGUUUAGUGUGACAGAAAUGCCCCUAUUCUAAAUAGGUAACAAUAGUUGCAUAUUAGGGCUUGAAAAUGGUGAACGGAUCUCUGGUUUUGUCUCCUAGUGCCAAAAAAUAGUUUUUUAUUGUAAAUUUCAGACUCCUGAAGUGUUUAAAAUAGGUAGCUUGAGAUGAUUCUCGGCUGUAAGGGAAGUCAUGCUUCAGGGAAGAACUAGUCGCAGGACUACAGUGUGUCAUUUAGGUGGCACAGUGCUGAAAGAUGCAGAGAGUCGUGGGAAGUUUCAAUGUGCCUGAGGAAGUGUGAAGGGUGUGUGAGAUGAACAGAGUGGCUCUCUCAUAUCUGUGUGUCCCAAUCGUUGUCUUAAUCUAACCUGAAGUGUGUAUUUGGAUUAUGUAUAGUUAUAGUUGGGGACCCGGUGGCGUGGCGGGUGUGGGGUUCGAGCACUGCUUGGGGUCCCUUGCAUUGGACUGGCAUCCCCUCCUGGGUGUGUCCUUGCGUCCUGUGUUGCCGGGUAAGGCUCUGGCUUUCCGCGACCUCGCUCGGGACAAGCGGUUGUUGACAAUGGAUGGAUAGUUAUGUUUUCCUGGCUCCUAGUGAGGUGUACUGAUGUAUCUUAGUAUUAAAGGUAAACCUUUAGAUGACUGCAGUUUUGUAAUGUUUUGCCAUAUAUUAUCAACAGAAUGUAAUGAGCAAUACCUGAAACUGUGCCUCCAAUGUAUUUUCAGGCUUUCAGUUGAUUGUACAGUGUAACAUUAUCAGUAUUAUGUAAAACUGCUACAUGUUGUGUCUACCUCUGACAUCAAAACAUGACAUAGUGUCAACAUAGAUUUGUGGAAUGCCUAUUAAAUUUUUGGAAAGUUCAGGACAUUUCAAAAUAUUUUAUUCUUCGGUAAAUGUAAAUGCAAUUUAUUUUCAGAAGAAUGGUAGAUUUUGAGACAUUUCACAAACACUCGCAACUUUACUCCACAAAUACUCUGUUGCAACUGCUUUCUGUGGAUGACAGAAAAAAAACUGGCUUUGAAAAGAGGUUUACACAUUAUUGCUAUGUAAACCAACAUCAAUUUUAUUUCUAAUACCGUGUGAUGUAGCAAUAGAAGCAUGACUUGAACAGUAAGACAUAGUAUUUAUGAACGUGAACAUCCACAUAGUAUUUUAUGGGUUUACUUUUCUCCGGUGGAAACAGUACUCCGAGUAAAGCGGCUUUCUCAGGAGUAUUACAGUGUCAUAAGGAUAGGGGAGAGCAGAUACCUCCCCACUUUCUCCCCAUUCCUGCUGCUCCAUUAAUAACAAUAGAGGGCUGAUCUCAGGUUGGGCAACAUGAUGCCUUCAUUGCCUCUUACUGGAAUACCAGCUCAAGUACAACAGUCUUCAUGGAUCCAAUAAUAAAAAAAAGCCUACUGCCCUAUUGCAUCGUGCAGCAAGUACAGCCAAUAUUAAAUAUUUUAUAUGAAUAUUUUGGCUUUUCUCACCACCCUAAAAAAAAAUUCAAAGAAAAUGCGAUAUCCUUAUGAGGUUGCACUUGGGUUGGUAGUAAGACAUCUGACUGUGCACAGCUAGUGUUUGUUUCAAAUGCCUUUUUUAAAUGUGGCCUGAAAAAUGUGUUAACCACUAAACAACCUCUUGUAUCACUGUUGACAAAAAAUGUCAGCAUUAAGUUAUUUUGCAGCUAUGUUAGCAAAUACUCACCAAUUUCUAAAAUAUUCAAGAAAGUACCUCUAUUUGCCAUUGUUAUUAUGCAGCUUAACUGAUUCUUAAAAAUAAAUGUACUGUUAUACUUAAUACAGCACUGUACAUUUUAUAUGGCUGCCAAUUUGUCAAAUUCUUAGAUGAAAUUGUUUAAAAAAAUAAACUAAUAUGUUAAACAUUUGAAGGUCCAUACAGCUUUAAUUUUAUAUUAAAUAACUUUGAUGGUUUGGA